AUGAAAAAAAUCCCUUCAUCGAUCUUUCUAUCCGACCAUCCAUACCAUCCGAAAAUCCAUCUUUUAUCUAUAUCCAUCUUUUGUCCAUCCAUCCAUCAAUUUAUCUGUAUUUCCAUAAUUUAUGUCCAUCCAUCUAUCAAUUUAUCUGUCUUUCUAAUAAUUCAUUCCUCCAUCUAUCUAUCUCCACCCUCUCUCUCAUCUCUAUUCAUUCAUCCGAUAUUCUACCUAUCCAUCCGUCCAUCCAUCUUUAGGUACUAUAUCCAUCUUUUGUCCAUCCAUCUAUCAAUUUAUUGUCUAUCUUUCUUCAUCCUCCAUCUAUCUAUCUCCACCCUCUCUCCAUCUCUAUUCAUUCAUCCGACUUUCUACCUAUCCAUCCGUCCAUCCAUCUUUCUAACUAUAUCCAUCUUUUUGUCCAUCCAUCUAUCAAUUUAUCUGUCUUUCUAUCCAUUCAUUCCUCCAUCUAUCUAUGGUUUGAUGUUCUCUCUAUUCAUUCAUCCAAGGCAUUUGACCUCGGAUCCGUCCAUCCAUCUUUCUAACUAUAUCCAUCUUUUUGUCCAUCCAUCUAUCAAUUUAUCUGUCUUUCUAUCCAUUCAUUCCUCCAUCUAUCUAUCUCCACCCUCUCUCCAUCUCUAUUCAUUCAUCCGACUUUCUACCUAUCCAUCCUCUUCCCUAAUCAAAUUUAUCUAUUUCUCCCAUUCCUUAGUAAUUGGCUUUCAUAUUGAUCUAUUCUGGUUGACCACUUUCUCUCUCUCUCUCAAACUGUUUUUUUUUCUUUUCUCCGUCAAAUGUUGUUUUGUGUCAGUAUUAUUCUCAUCUUCUAGGACGAUUAUUACUUAUUUCUUUUUCCUUUUUUUCUUUUAUUUCUUUUUUUCUUUUAUUUCUUUUUUUAUUUCUUUUUUUCUUUUGUUUGUUUUUUCUUUUUAUCCAUUUUUCUUUUAUCCUUUUAUUCAUUUUCUCUUUUGCUCUUUUCCUUUAUUUUCUUUUUUCUUUUUCGUCUUUUUUCUCCUUUGUCUUUUUUCUAUUUUUUCUUUUUCGUCUUUUUUCUCUUUUCUUUUCCGUCUUUUUUUUUUCUCUUUUCUUUUCCGUCUUUUUUUUUUCUCUUUUUUCUUUUUCCUCUUUUCAUUUUUUUUUCGUCUUUUUUUGCCUUUUCUUUUUCGUCUUUUUUUCUCUUUUCAUUUUCCUCUUUUUUUUCUCUUUUUUUUCUUUUCCGUCUUUUUUUUCUCUUUUUUUCUUUUCAAAUCUUUUUUCUCUUUUUCUUUUUUUCUUUUUCCUUUUUUUCUUUUUCGUCUUUUUUUUCCUUUUCGUCUUUUUUUUCUUUUUCGUCUUUUUUUUCCUUUUUCUUUUUCGUCUUUUCCCUUUUCUUUUUUUUUGCUUUUUUUUUCUUUUCUUUUCUCUUUUUUUUUCCGUCUUUUUUUUUUUUUUUCUCUCCUUUUUUUUUUUUUUUUUUUCUUUUCCUCUUUUCUCUUCUUUUUUCUUUUCUUUUUCUUUCUUUUUUUUUUUUCUUCCUUUUUUUUUUUUUUUUUCCUCUUUUUUCCCUUUUCUUUUUCGUCUUUUUAUCCCUUUUCUUUUUCGUCUUUUUUUCCCUUUUGUUUUUCGUCUUUUUUUCUCUUUUCUUUUUCUCUUUUUUUCUUUUCCGUUUUUUUUUCUUUUCCGUCUUUUUUUCUCUUUUUUCUUUUCCGUCUUUUUUUCUCUUUUUUUCUUUUCCGUCUUUUUUUUCUCUCUUUUUUUCUUUUCCGUCUUUUUUUUCUCUUUUUUCUAUUUCCUCUUUUCUUUUUUUCCCUUUUCAUUUUCGUCUUUUUUCCUCUCUUUUUCUCCUCAAUUCGUAGUUGUCGUCUCAUCAUUAUUCUUCUUAGCUUCUUAAUCGUCUUUUUCAUCUUGGCUAUUUUCUUCUUAAGCGUCAUUUUCUCGAGCCCUUUUCUUUUCAGUUGUCUUCUUUUUCGACAUCUUUUUAGUCUUCUAAGUUGUCUUCUUCUUCUUCUUCUCCUCACUUGUCUUCUUUUCUUCUUAAGCUUCUUUUAG